CGACGCCCCUUUGCAAAAAUCGUGCGAUGGCGUCCAGACACCCCGCUGGCGUACGGGCUUGAGACGUUCACGGAAGCGGACGACUUCUUGAAGGCGUGUGAACAAAACAAGGGCACAAUGACCCGGAGAGACUGGCUAGCUGCUCUGUCUAUGCUGUCCACACGCCGGCGGCUCGACCUUAGAAGCACCUCUUUUAAGGCCUUUGUCGCUGCUGCCCUGCAACAAGAGGAGCUGCUUAAGCCACGGCAUGUACACCUGACCAUCCACCGGCUCGCGGUCAUUGGCUAUGCUCCAGCACUGUGGCAGCUAGCGCUGCGGCUGCAGCCGCUACUGCAGCAGCAGCAGCUAACUGGCAAGCAGCUCGCUGUUUCUGCCUGGGGCUUAGCGAAGAAUGGAAUUACCCACCCUCCCGUGUGGGACCUCAUUGGAAUGGAGGCUCUGCGUCUUGCUUCGUGUCUUACCCUCUCUGACCUCUCUAUGAUCAUAUGGGCCUUCGCUCGUGUAGAACGCAUGAAACCUGCUGAGAUUGUCAAACUCAAGGAGGAAGUUCUUAAUCGCCUUGAUGCCUUCGUCAAGCAGGCCCUUUUUGCAGCCUAUCCAAUGCAACAAGGCCAGGGUGCUUCUUCUGCGGCAUCAGCUGCCACACAGACACUUGCAAGUCCAGCAACCGGAGCCCUUACUGCCCCUUGUGCUGCUGCGGCUCCUCCAGUGACACCGCACGAUCUAUGCAUGCUAAUGAGAUCCUUCGCAGAUCUCACGCCGAGGGACUCUCCCCUCAUCCUUCGUUUACUUUACACGCUUCUCCUCGCAUGCAGAGUGCAGCCAUCAGCUCACCGAGCGACCGCGGCAGCAGGAUCAGCAGCAGACGUAGCGCACAGCGCGAUGGGUGUCCCCCAAGCCGUUGGAGGUGUAGGCCCACUUACUGCCCAGGGUCUCACUGCAGUUUGGACCGCCUUAAAGGACGCAGAAGUAGCAAAAGUCUUCUCCCUACCCCAGCACAAAAGGCCUCUCAGCAGCAGCAGCGGAAGCAGGCAUCUUGCCUACCUGCCCUUCAGGGAUACCAUUCCACUCGAGUGCCUGCCACUGCUACUUGCCAUCCUGAAACCGGCCCAGAGUUAUCUUCGGGAUGCAUCAACCGGAACCGAUGCAAGUGUCACAUUGGAGCCGACAGCCCAAACUCCGCACACGGUGAAAGAGGAAACAGAAUUCUCAAAGCUAGAGGAGGCUUCUGCCCUGCCGCCAGAAACCUUGAGAAUGGCAGCAGCAGCUGUUGCAUCGGGGGCUGCGGGCUUAAAAAGCAACGCGUUGCUGCGAGGCGCAUGCUGUGACGUACUGCUGGAGGUAUUGUGUGAGGAGACCCGCCUCUUGCGUUUGGAUCAUACUACCAACACCAGCAUGGUGGCCGCGCUUGCUGCGGCUCUUGCGGACAUGCAGCUGGUUGAUCCUCGCGUGGUGUAUCAACUGGUACUCUUUGCUCAGCAGCGGGGGGCUGCACAGUUCCAAGGCGAUCAGCUCCUCACAGUGCUCCAGGCUUUUGAAAAAUGCCAAAUCGCCGACAGCAAGGCCUGGGCAAAACUGGCACAUCGGGCUCAGGACAUCGCAGCAGAUUUGAAUCUCAAGGGGCUACGGAGGCUGAGAAAGUUGACUUGGAGGGCCGGUCACAGCAAUGCUAGACUUGAGGGAGUUUUUGACCAUUUUGAGGCGCUCAAGGAAGAUAUUGAAAAAUGCGGGCCCAUAUAA